GUUUUCUGCAGAGGAAGCGCGCGUGUGGUAUAAGAUUUGUACUGUGGGAUGAGAGCGGCAGUGGUGUUUCGUUACGAGAGAAUGUGACCAAAUAAAAUCAUCUGAACAACAUCUGUUAUAAACGCUGCGUUUUUCGAAGUAGUGAAGACGAUUACACAGGAACACUACAAAGGAAUCAAGUGCCAAAUGCCAAGACUAGAGGAACAUUGCUGGACGUGCUCCUGUUCAACCAGUGUGAAAUCGAAGGGCCUCUCGAGCGCCAGCUGGAUUGUUUGUAAAACGGGUGAAAUGAUGUCCAUCAUAACCUCAGUGUUGAGCCACGCUUACGGCUCUCUGCACAGCCUCCAGUCUGCUAAUCUAAUUCGACGGGGACUUGUACUGUUUAUCGUUGGAGUUGUUCUCGCCUUGGUGUUAAACUUACUUCAGAUGCAGAGAAAGGUGACAUUGUUCCCAGAGGAAGUGCUGGACACUUUGUUUUCGUUUUCGUGGAUUCCCCUCUGCUGUGGCACUGCCGCUGCUGUGGUUGGACUCUUGCAUCCCUGCUUGGACAGCCAUCUUGGAGAGCCACACAAGUUUAAGCGGGAGUGGGCCAGCGUGAUGCGCUGCAUUGCUGUUUUUGUAGGCAUUAAUCAUGCCAGUGCUAAACUGGACUUUGCCAAUAAUGUGCAACUCUCACUUACUUUGGCGGCUCUGUCUCUGGGCCUGUGGUGGACAUUUGACCGUUCUAGGAGUGGCUUUGGCAUAGGACUGACCACUGCUCUGUUAGCGACUCUCGUUGCUCAGCUGCUUGUCUACAACGGCAUCUACCAGUACACAUCUCCAGAUUUCUUGUAUGUACGUUCCUGGUUGCCUUGUAUAUUCUUCUCUGGUGGAGUGACAGUAGGAAAUAUUGGGCGACAGCUAGCUAUGGGCUCCACUGAGAAGCCUCACAAUGAUUAAGCGGGCAUCUGAGGUCAUGAAGUGAGCUUCGAUGAGUGCCAAAACGGAGGGCCUGCAAACCGAGACUCUAUAUUGGGUGUCCCUCAAGACAAAGACUUUUUAGUCCAAGCGUAAUAUCUGCUCUUAAUUUUGCUCCUCUUUAUAAAAAAAGAAAACAGAGCGGGUUGGUCUGAGCUGGCCCAGUGUGCCAUGAAGAGCACCUUUCGAGCAGCCAAAAGAACCCCCCUAGCACCAAUUACUACCAUCAGCAUUGGUACAACAGCUCUUUGCAGUUGUAUUACUGGUAGUAUCAUUCUAAUUAUUACCAUGUUGCUGGAGUGAAAAGUAGUGGUGAAGCUGUGUGUGUAUAUAAACGAGUGUGCGGGUGUAGGCCUACUGGUCCUGUUGAUGAGACCAUGCAAGGAGAAACAUGUGGUGCAGAAAUACACACUUCAUUGUGUUUUACUUUUUUGCUGGAGAACUGAAGGAUAAUGAAAGGGAAUGUUUAAGGCUGUGCAAAAUACAAAAUAUCCAAAGAGGUCUGUUUAUAUAGUUUUUUAAUGGGCUCCCUUUCAUAUUAACUUGAGUGUUACUGAGAGUACCAGAUGGGUUUGAUUGCCAAUCACAUUUGUGCCGACUGUUAUUUUACUCCUUUGUAUUGGUUGUGGAUUUUCUCCUUGUUGCUAAUACAGACCAAAAGAAAACUAGAAACAUUAGCUAUGAAGUAAUUAAGUGGCACCUUUUUUAUUAAUAUAAACUCACAGAAUUCUUUUGACAUGGUAAUACCUAAUCAUUUUUAUAGGUUUUGAAAUCACUGAACCUAAGAUGAGUAAACAUCCACAAAAACCUUUUACUGCGGCCUCCAAGGUUUGCAAUCUGUGAUUGCCUAUUAUUCAAUUGAGUGCUUUUGUCACUUCUCCAGUGUGGUAAUGCUUUUUGUUUGUUUGUACUUUAUUCAUUGUGUAUUUCUUAUCACAUGUAGCCAAUUCUGUAUCUAAUGUAAGAGGUAUUACUGGGCUAGAGUAUAGGUUGGGGGUCUUGGUAAAAGAAGUGCAAUCAGCCUGGUAUUCUCUCAUAUUUAUUACUUUUAUAAUGUUAAGGUACCACCCCAGAUGACUUGUAUGCAGUAUAGAAACAGACCAGCAAUAAACGCAUCGUUUGUGUACAUUUAUAUGUGAAGGUAUAGUAUGACCACAAAUUCGCUUUGAAAAGUAGUCUCAAAAAGAUCUUGAAAAUAAUACCAAUGACCAUUUCCACUGUUCAUAAAUUGUGUUGUAUAUGCAUACUUGCAUUAGCAAGUUUAGACAAAUUACAAAUGUUGCAUGCCGUGUUUGGCAAUGUUUGGAAAAUAUAUGGAACAAAAUCAUUUCUGUUGUAAAGUUUGUACCAUUCUGGGUUAUGAAUUAGAUUCAAUAAAAUUGUGUGAUCCA